AUGACCGCCUUAAGGCCUCCCCAACUCUCCGUCAACUCCGACGCAGAAGGGCCUCAGGGGGCCCCCCUUGCUGCUUCCUUGUUGUAUGAGAGCCCCUCUAAUGCCCGGGCCCGGGCGGGGGCCGCGGCAGCAGCAGCAGCAGCAGCUGCUGCUGCUGCUACUGAGAAGACAGAGCUGCAGCAGGGCGCCGCGCAAAGGCAGCAGAUGCUUCUCCACAGGCAGCAGCAGCAGCAGCAGCAGCUGCAGCAGCAGCACAGGCCGGGCGCAGUCCUCAGGGCCAGUUUAGCGCCGCGGCGCAGCAGCGACCCCCAAAACGGCAGCAGCAGCAGCAGCAGGAGCAUGCCUGCUGCUGACGGGUGGAGAGCAGCAGCAGCAGCAGCAGCAGCAGCAGACACAGACUCAGAAAGCUACCAAUCCUCGGACUCCGACGGGGGCCCCCCACAUCACUGGGGGCCCCCCACAUCUGCGAGGGGCCCCCACUGGCCUCCCUACAGCUCCCAGCAGCAGCAGCAGCAGCAGCAGCGGGCAGCGCUGCUGCGCAGCAAGUCCUUCUCUGCGGGAGUUCCUGUGGCCCGCAGGCGACACGAGGACUCUUCGUUUGCUGCUGCUGUUGCAGCAGAGCAGCAGCAGCUGCUGCUGCAGGCAGCAAAGCAGCGGGGCGAAGAGUACCCACAGGGGCCCCCGCGGCGGCAGCGGGGGCCCCCUUUCCAGAGGAGGGCGAGCUGCAGCAGCAGCUGCAGCGGCAGUAGCAGCAGAAGCAGCAGCAGCAGCAGCAGCAAAAUGGACAGACGCAGCAACGGAGAAAGCCCUGGAAGCUCUCUGGGCUUCUUCUCUUCUUCAGAUCUUGAGUCCGAGGGGGGCCCCCCGGGGGGCCCCCCGAGGGGCCCCCCUAGGGGGGCCCCCAGGGGGCCCCCCAGGGGGGCCCCCAGGGGGCCCCCUAGGGGGGGGCCCCUGGGGGGCCCCCACAAGGGCUGGCGGGAGCUGCUGGCUGAGAGGCAAAGGGCUAUGGAGCUGCACAUGCAGCAGCAGCAGCAACUAGUGCAGCAGCAGCAGCAGCAGCAGCAAAUGGCGCAGCAGCAGCGCAGAGCUAGGUGGGGGGAACCCAGGGAGUCCCCGGGGCCCCCAGGACCCCCGGGGGCCCCCGGGGGCCCCCAGGGUCCUGAAAACGUACCCCAAAGAGCUGCUCAGGGGGGCCCCUUUGCUGCAGCAGCAGAACGAGCUGCUGCUUCGGAAGGAAGCAAAAAGCAGCAGAAAAGAAGAAAGGAAAAGAGCUCGAAGAAGAAAAGCAGCAAAGAGACUGGGACUGCAGCAGCAGCAGCAGCAACAACUCCGGCUGCUGCUGCUGCUGGGGGUGAGGAUGUCUGGGCAGCAGCAGCUCGCGACGCCGCAGCAAGGCCGCAGGGUCCGCAGCUGCAGCAAGGCCCUCCGGGGGCCCCUCUUCCCGUGUCUCCUGCUGCAGUUUUUCCUUUUGCUGCUUGGCCUCCGGGGGCGCCUCCCUUUUAUGCUGCUGCUGCAUUUGCUGCUGCUGCUGCAGCAGCAAGAGGGAUGUCGACGCGUCAGCCAGACAGUGAUUUUGUUCUUGCGCAGCAGCAGCAGCUGCUGGCAGCCCAAAGGGAACUGCAGCAGGCAAAAGACGAACUGAAGCAGGAAAAAGAGAAAUCUGAGGGUCUUGAGAAACAACUACAGGAGCAGCAGGAGAACCAGAGGCAGCAGCAGCAGCAAAUAGAGGAGCUGCAGCAGCAGCUGCAGGAGCAGAAGAAGAAGGCCGACGAGCUGGCAACUUGCCGCACAGCAGCAGAAAUGCGAGUGCAGCAGCAGCAAGAGUCUCUCGAAGCAAUUGUGAAGCUGCAGGAGGAGACGCAGCAAACCAGGCAGCAAGAAAAAGACAAAUACCUCGCCGAGAAGGAGCAGCUCCAGGUGAAGAUAAAGGACUUGGAGGGGGACUUGGCCUUUGCCCGCGACCAGCUGCUGGUGGCCAGAGAAAGCCUUAUUGCUGCUCGGCAGAAGCAGCAAGCAGCAACAGACGCUCACGAGCAAGACCUCAAGGCCCUGCAG